UGCGAGGUGGAGCUUCUUCUUCUUCCUCUCAGCGCGACUCGUCAAGUCAUCAGCCGGCCAGCAGAGCGCAAGCAUCGGGCACAGAGGAAGAACGCAAACCAACACGACGAAGCAUCAAGCAUUGGAUUCUUUUUUUUUUUUUUUUUUUUAAUUAAUUGUUUUAUUAUUCCACUUAAUUUCUGGGGGUUCUUUUUACGGUUCAUUUUGGCGACGAUGAGCAUGAAGAUGAACGCGCUCCACCACCACCACCUCCCCCUCCUCCUCGUGGGGCUUUUUGCCGCCGCUGUGAUGGCAAAGCCGGCCCGGCUGAAAUUUGUCGUACACGAACCAUCUCGCUUCCACUUUGACAAACCCGAGAACUACAUCAGCAUGUACCACCAGGAGGGCAGCGAGACGCUCUAUGUGGGUGGCCAGGCCGUCAUCUACGUGCUCACCUUCAACUACCGAGGCGUACACGACGUGCAGAUCUCGGCACCGUCGGACCAGACUGCCAUCGACACCUGCAAGGCCAAGGGGGCGCCGCUCGAGCUGGAGUGCGACAACUUCAUCACGGUCAUUGAGAAAGUCAACGACACUUUCAUCGUGUGCGGGACAAAUGCCGGGAGUCCUCGCUGCUGGACGCUGGUUAACGACACGGUGCUGACCGACGUCCAGGGUGUUGGGCAGAUCGCGUCACCCUCCGACAUCUCCCCGCCAUAUCCCUCGCAGAAGUCCAUCAGCCUUCCCGCAGGUGGUAGUCUGUAUUCAGCCAUUUCGGCAGUGGGCGGUUACGCUGGCUCCAUCCGCCGCACCUUUGGGUCCCAGAAGCUCCUGAAGAUGGAGAAGAUUUGGCUGCUGAACCCUCAAUUUGCUGGAGCUGCCGUCAUCCCAUCAUCCCUCAAGUACAAGGAGGAGAUCUACUUCUUCUUCAGUGAGAUUAACAAAACGGCUCGGGAAGACGAGGAGCCGUACCGGGCUCGCAUCGGCCGGAUCUGCACGGUUGACGAGGGUGGGAUCGAACCCCUGGUUCCUGACUCGUGGACCACCUUCAUGAAGGUGCGGGUCAUGUGCGGUGCCGGAAACACUCAGCAACAGUACAACAACAUGAAGCAGGCGGUGGUUCUGACCGCGCAGGACAAGCGAGCCGGUGUCAUGUACGGCCUCUUUUCCAAUGCCUGGGGUAGAACCGUGAUCUGUGCCUAUUCCAUAGAGGAUAUCGACCAGGCCUUCUCGACGUCCAAGCUGAAGGGCUACAGUAACGCCUUCAUCGGAAAUCGACCUGGGAUGUGUGGUCGAAAGAAUUCCUCGGCGGGAGGUCACAAUUACAUGAAAAACCUGGGCGUGAUCCGAUUCCACCCGGAAAUCGAGGAUGUGAUCCGGCCGGUGGGCGUAGCCCCACUGGACCUGCCGACGGAUGACCAGAUCACACACACGGUUGCAGACAUCGUCCUGGCCGUCAACGAUGAGCAUUACAGCGUCCUUUACCUCGGAACAGAACAAGGAAAAGUCCUCAAAGUUCUUCACAGCAGCGAAGGGGUCUUCAUCGUCUCCCAGUACUCCAUGUUCCGCAACGAAGGGCCCGUCCUCAACAUGGCCAUCAACCCCCAAAAGGGUCACUUGUACGUUGCCACGGCGAUGGAGGUCCAGCGGCUGCCGCUGGCCGACUGCGGUCGCUAUGGCGAUACGUGCCGGGAGUGCAUUUUAUCCCGGGACCCGUACUGCGGCUGGGACAAGGCCAGGAGGAGGUGCAUUGCCAUCCCGCCAGGAUACAACGUCACAUCUGGGAUCCUCAUUCAGAAUCUGGACCAAUCCAAUUCAUCGGUUUGCGGGGAGGCUGCUGCCCUCAAGCAGCGUCGCACCUCCCCCAGGGAAGUGCUGGUGCCAUCCAACACCUCCAUCUUUUUGCCUUGCCCGGUGCGCUCCUUCCACGCCACCUACCGCUGGGAGAAGGACAACUGCAUCAAGAACUACCCCUGCCUCUUCUCCGGCGACUUCUGUGUCUUGGGGCCGGCGGUGGACAUGCCCCUGAGGGAGGGCGUCUUCCGCUGCAUGGCCACCGAGGACGGGUUCAAGGUGGAGGUCAUCUCCUUCAAGCUGGUCAACCACGGUCGGCUGCUGGCCGCCUCGCUUGCCUCCACCGUGGCGCCAUCGCUGAUGCUCGCCAUGGCCGCCUUCUGGCUUCAUUAACUGCAGCUAUCGCUAACCACGUAUCCUUAAUAACUCCCAGUAACAGGAAAUACGCGGGAGGGUUGGUUCACAGAGCAUUGGAUAAUGAGGUAUCGUUUAAAACAGCGGUUCUCAAACUGGGGUGACUAGAUGGAAUAAUUUGCAAUAAAUAAUAUAUUGUAUUUUAGAGCUUACAUGUGGGGACCGGCAUGCCAAUAAAAUAAACAAUCAACCAAUUACUCCUCCCUACCUUAGCUUUGGGCCAAUUAAAAGCUCUGACAUCCCUGCAAGGAUAUAUAUUAUUUUUUUUUACAAGAACAAAAGAUUUUUCUUAAAUUGAAUACAGUUUUUUUUUUGGGGAGAAUAAAGGCAUCAUCUCCAUAUUAAAAGUUGUAAUAUUGCUAAAAUAAAGUUGUAUUUUUUAAGUUCACUUGUUAAGAUUGGACUUUCUGCCCUCGUAAAACUUUAAGCUAUUAUAUAUCAUGUUACGACUAUCUUGAAUAAAUACUAUUAAUAUAUAAUAAUAAUUCUCAUGAGAGUCAAAAUUUUACCCUUGACAAAAUGUCACUUUUUCUUAUAAAGAUUAAAACUAUCUUUGUGAAAAAAAUACAACUAUUCUCAUACCACGACUACUGUUUCUUUCUACUUCACUUUUACAAAAAAAAUUGAAAUUUAUAAGAUUACAAUUUUUAUAUUUAAAAUAAACAACCCUAUUAAUUUGUCAGUAGGCAUUUAGGGGUAUGCAUGGUAGCUAUUUUUAACUGGAUUAUGGGGGUCCCUGGACCAAAAAUGUUUGAGAAACCCCGUCUUAAAACCUUCUGGUCAGAACAAAAUUAGCACCAAACAAUCCAAAAUUAAAUUAUUUUAAGUUUUCAUCUUCAAACUACAGUGAACCCCUGCCUAUUCACAGUUCAUCAUUCACAAAUUCAUCUACAGCAUACCCCAGUUAUUCAUGGGGGAUAGGGACCGAGCCCUGCCGCGAGUAAUUGAUGCCUGCCCCCCACAAAAUAUAAAAAAUUGCCUAUAGGUAUUAAUAGUUUAAACAAUAAAUAUACCCCAAACUAUAAUCCUAAAACAUUUACAUCAUUUCCAACUUAUCUUACAUUACUCAGCAGAGCAGAAACAUACGCAUGCGACAAAGACUCUCGUAACUUCUGCUAACAUUUAGCUGACCCCUGACAUACAAAGAUCUUCUCAUUCGAGAUAUAGCACUUCAAGAUACUUCUUUAAGACCAAUUGCUACUAUGAAAUAAUAAAGUCCUUUCAGACCAUAGUUUGUGGUAUAUUUACGGUUUAAUCAAUUAAUAUAGGCAAAUAAAAUAUUUUGGUUCAAUUACUCGCAGAUUUUUGCUAUUCUAAGAUUGAACGGUACAUAAGUACCACGAGGCUUCUUUGUGACCCAUCCCUCUCGCACUGUAAGCUAAACAUAUCCUAUGGGUUGAAAACAAACCAAUACCAGGCCGAUUCUUUAUGACCAUUUCUUUCGAUAUUUUGACUAGAUUGUGCUUGUUUGUGGAUAUGUGAAGCUUUACUACUGCUCUCACAUCAGACAUCUUCUUACAUCUCAUUGGUAGUUUUUGAAAAAGAAAAAAAAAGUCUGGUAUUGAGAUUUUCAAAGCCUUAAUACUUCUGGAACAUCAACUCCUAAGCACAAUUUUGCAGUCCAUGCAGAAUACCGCGCGUUUGCUGGGACUCGGGCAACAUUGCUGGGAGGAAAAGUAAUCUCUAUUUUGACAGGAAGAAACGAGGAUGAGCAAGUGCUAGUUGCCGACCAUCACUGUGUCUCAGCACCUCCUCCUUAGACAAGGAUGUUUUUUUCUUGCAUCUUUUUAACAAGACUCCAUCAGUAAAGACACCUUGUUCACAUCUUUGCAGUCGCUCCUCGGCCUUCGAGAGAUCAAAUUUGUCAAGCACAGCACCUUUGAAAGUUAGCAGGACCAGAGAAACUCAAAUUAAGACUGCCCUUAUAUUGGCCUUACUUUGCAGUCUUUGGUAAAGGUCAACUUGUUUGGUGCGGACAAAACUCAGUUAAGUGGUCCAAGUAAAACUGUGGAUGAUGCAGACUGAAAGUCUUUUUUUUUUUUGCUUUUACUAACGGUUGCUAAUCGUUUCCUCGCAUAAGGCUGGCUGAUAGGAUCUGAUAAUAAAUAAAUAUUUUUUUUCCACAAAACUGAAUACUGAUUUUAAACGAUUUUUACUCCUUCGUGUAUAGAAUAUCAAAUAACAGAGAGGUUUGGUUUAAAUAUUUGCAGCUUGGAAAGACUACUUACAAUGAGUCAAAAGUUUCCAACGUCAAUAAAUCAUUACUUUUGCAACAAGGCGAAAAUGAUUCAGCCUUUGUUUUCUGUUUCUUAAAAGGACAAAGUUGAUAGUUGCUUUUGUCAUUAGAGGGGUUGGAAAAGUCAUUAACUUGGGUAUGCUUUUGUAAACUAGCUUUGCUCUGUUUGCAGCCAUGUUGUUUUGCUGUACAGAAGCUGCCAAAGAAAAUAUUUUUUCCCGACAAAUAAACUCAAAUCAAUACAAUCUAUUAAUCGCCCAGCCCUAUCUUGGCAACAAACGAAGCUGAAGGGAGUUGCUUAAUAAUAUCACGCAAAUGGUGUCCAACGGAGCGUAAAGACGGGAACAAGGUGUCACAAUAGUAAUUUUACGCAGACCUCGUCAUAAGGGCAAACAUUUUUACCAGGAGAAAAAAAUGCUUGUAUUUAGAUUUGUGAUGCUCUUUAAUUUAUUGCUGCCGUGCUGAUUUCUACCAUUGCUGCCUCUUUACGUGAACAUUUGUCUUGAUGCUUUGUUUUUUUGUUUUUAACUGCCAUAGUUGGAAUGUGAUAUGUAACCGUUUGUUUUUCUUACCAAGUCUCAAAGCUGUGAUAUAAACAAACUUGCAGUCCCUGGACGGGUGCUUCACGUACGUUCGGCAGUAACCGCCUGAAGAAGAAAUGCUCUAGUUUCACAUUUAGCUUGAAAUAACAAAGUCUCUGGCUGGAGAGUCAUGCAGCGGAUUAAAAUGUUCUCCAGAGCGCCAACAAAUGAUCAUUUAGUCGUGUCGGGCCAUCCGCUGCGUCCCGUCUGUCAUUAAUAGCUCAUUAAGAACGAGCUCGCUGCGCUCUACAUUUAUUUGAGUUUACAAGCAGUGGGGAUUGAGACGGCGAUGUUGCCUCUCUCACUCGCUGCUUGCAGAUCCGCUAGCUCGUGGCAUGGCGACAACACCUAAAUUGUCCAAAAAGAAUCCAAAUACCAAAAAUGUGUAAAAACAAAAGCUGCGCUGAGCCAACAUCACCUUUCCCGCAUAUCAGGCAUGUACACGAGAACUACAUAAAUCCAAUUAACAGGCAGCAGGCUUCAGAGGUGGGGGACUUGAGUCACAUAACUUGACUGGAGUCAGACUUUAAAACCCUGUACAGUCAAUUGAGAGAUCUGUAUCUAAAUACGUUAUAUAUGUUUGAAGAUAAUUGUUGCAAAGGUGCUGAGAACUUUGUAGUACUGAAUUGUGGAGCUAUAGCGUCAAAGCUGUUUUUCACCAAUUCAGUUCAUAAGGAAGUGUGGUUUCGCACAUUCAGCAGACACGUCCAAAGUUUUUGACAGCAGAAAAAAUGGCUUCAUUCAUGAUUUUGGAUCCUUUUAUAUAUACGCGGAGAUUUUUUUAAAUCAUUCAAAUCUGACAAGGUUGUUAAUUCUAUGUGGUGUGUCAAAUUUUAGAAGACAUUAUCCAUCCAUCCAUUUUCUUUACCACUUAUCCUCACUAGGGUCGCGGGCUGCUGGAGUCCAUCGCAGCUAUCUUUGGGCAGGAGGCGGGGUACACCCUGAACCGGUCGGCAGCCAAUCGCAGGACACAUAGAAACAAACAACCAUUCACACUUACAUUCACACCUACGGGCAAUUUAGAGUCUUCAAUCAACCUACGACACACGUUUUUGUGAUGUGGAAGGAAACCCACCCAGGCGCGGGGAGAACAUGCAAACUCCACACAAGUGGGGCCAGGAUUUGAACCCCGAUCCCCAGAACUGCGAGGCAGAUGUGCUAACCAGUCAUGCACCGUGCCGACAGAAGACAUUAUUAAAGGCGACAAUUUAAGGACUUGGAACUUGCUUUGCUAAAACUUACUAUGAAAGACUAUUUUGACUAGGUAUUAUGAAACUCUACUGGCUUGAACUACAUUACUUCUUGCCUGUUCAAGUAAAAAAAAAGAAAAUCUGAAUUUUCAAGAUAGUGUGCCAUUUGUUUUUUUAAAGGAAAGUUAUUUUUGUGUGUUCAUGCAAACCCGGCAACCAACUAAUAUGCUCUGGGUGCAGUGUGACCACCUCAUGAAACAAGUAGUAUGGAGGGAGAGCCAAAGAUUAUUACAUUUGGUUCAAGGAUUACGUUGUGGAUAAAAUCAGGAAAAAGGGAAUGGCAACAUGCAACGUUUGCAACUCACAUAGACUCAAAAACUACAUCUAAUUUCAUCUGUAACUAUAGAAUCCACAAAGACAGGGGAGCUAAGUUAACUUCACAGUUUAGCUAACUGAUAGCUAGUCAAACAUUAAUUAAGCUUGAUGCCGGUUAUGCAUUAGACAAUACGGAGACUGGCUGGGGACGAUUGAAAAAAUUAUUGAUGUGAUUGUGUUAGUACAGACAAGUAACAAGUACAGAUACUAAGCGUUGCUCAUGUGCGAACAUAUGUACUGUAUUAACUUAUUACAUACUUAACCCAAGUCAUGGCUUAACUCAACUUGCUUGAAAUUUAGUCGGAACUCAACUUGACUUGAUUUUUGCAACAGUAAUUUGAGACUUGAAAAAGACUUGAGACAUAAACUUCCACAUUCUGUAGAGUAUUUGACUUAGCUACUCCCACCUCUGGCAGGCUUCAUAUGGACCUCCAUGUUGUUAUGUUUCUGCCUGUCGACUGACUCCAUGUACAAAAACUAAGCUUGUUGAUACAAGCUCCUUUAUAGCUACGAUGCCCCAGGGCUCCUUUCUGGCAUAUCGCAACUAAGCAACCAGGAAGUAGUCCCAUCAGAACCUGCAUGUUGUUUAAAUACAAACACAGAUCAGACCAACCACAUUUUCCACCUGUUGAUUUUGUUACUGCUAGCGCCGUGUCAGAAUCAGAUUCCAAGCUUCCAAGUGAAGUGUGUCUUUAAACGGCCGUCUGAUUGGAACUUUAUUGCUUGCUGCUGGCCCGCCGUCUUUGUCACGUUGCCUUCAGGGACGUGUUUAGGUGGGGCAAGUGGCUUGUGUUGCUCUGAAGUCUUGAGUGAUGUACAUGAUGUGUGCCCGCCAAAAGUGUAUCUUGCUUUUUGUGUCAAACUCUUAUUACGGUACUCAUAUUAUUCAUGAUAUAUUAAUAAUGCCAUUAUUUUUAAAAAGGUCAUAGCUGGUACAAUAGACAUUCAUGUAACAAAUCCUUAUUGACGUGUUAACUUGACGUGAGGUGAAAACCAAUAAAACAUGACUAGAAACAAAAGUACACUCUUUAUUUGGCAUUACCUUGCUACCUGUACAAAAUAGUGAAUUACAGUCCCCAAAAAUACAAAUUAGUAAACUUAUCACCGUUAGUAUAUUCUUGUUUCCAUCUUUACCAUGUGUACAGUAUGUAUAUAUUUAUUGCACAUACACACAAAGUGGAUACAUGGGUUAAUUACUUUCUGCCAUCUAGUGGAAGAACAUUUAAGUGUUCUGGCUAUCACUAUACGUCACUGACAUAGAUAGUUGAACAAAAAGAUACAUUUCUUGUCUGAAAUAUAUUCAUGUUCAGACCAAUUAACCUGAUGAGCUCUCAUGGGAGACUGGUUGUGAAUCACUGUUAUAGACAGUAUUUAAGAUUAAUUUCACAUCUUUAUGAAAAACAAAGUGCUUUCCUUUAAAAAAAAAAAAUUUGUAUGUGACCCUUAAGUUUUUAACAUUAGCGUACAUAUACUUUUUAUAAUAAAACAUUUGGAACAGACAUUUGCCCCAUUUCUUCCCCAUUCUUAACCAAUAUUAAAGAAUUUUGAAUAUUUAAAAGGGUGCAGUAUUUCUUUUUGUUUCUUUUGCAGUAAGCAGUAACUUAAACUCUAGUCUUGAAAGGUUAAGCGUCAAUGUUUUCUUAAGAUAAGAUAGGCUGCCACAGUGAACAUUACAGGAUGCAGGACCGUGUGACAACGUGUAAGGUCACAAAAUGGUCGAAGCCUUUUAGUAGCUGCCUGUCAGGAUGACUGAAUGUUCCAUCGCCAUCUAAUGGCAAGAAUCAGGUCAAUUAAUCCGAAUUACACUGGAUUGAAGUUCAGGCCUGUCAAGGCAAGUGAGUCCUCAACACUUCCUGCUAUGAGUUGAAUCUGAAUCUUGGUAAUGAGACUCCAACCAGCUUCAGUAAGUGAGGAUAUAAAUCUUUUACAUUGCAUACCUGUAUAUACCACACUUAGACAGACACAAGCCUUCUGUAAUCAAUAAUUGAGGCGAUUGGACGCUUCUUAUUUAUAAAAUUGUUUGAUCUUUAAUCAAAAAUGGUUCUUUAGUCCUAAAUUGUAGAAGUGGAGUCUUCCUAUUUAUGUCUCUGUUGGGUGUGUCGCCUGGGGGUGGUCACAAUAGGGCUAUUGUUGUGCGUCUGCAUACCAACCGGUUGUUCACCUGCUUGGUGGCAAAAAAAAAUCCCAUUUGUGGCCACUAUUCCCGUGGAAUGAGACAAUCUUUGGGGGAGAAAUGUCAGGGUAUUGUUAAAGUGAACGAUAAGAGAUGGCGUAAACAUCCUCUGUUUAGAGAGGUCCAACCGUGUUGGACAAGAUGAUGAAUGUCACUCCGUUUUGAGAUGUGAAUGAACCUCCUAUCUUGCGCCGUGGGCUUUUGUAGGGGUUACGUGGUCUCAUGUAGAGGUCACUGCAGUUCUGAGUACACUCCACUGCAUAUAUGACAUUGCUUAGUUUGCCUCUAGGUAUUUUGUCCUCGCGGUGAACCAGAUUUUGUCUGAGUGCAUCAGAAUGUAAUGUUGAGAGAAAAUCCGUCUCCCCCACCCGACAAACCAGCCACAUAAGGGACCACCACAUUCUGGCUCCUGUUUCUACCCUCAGGCCCGAGUGUAGUGGCCAUUCUCCUGGUGGAUUUAACAUACUGUUGGGCCAGUUAGGAUAUCCACAGUUAGCUAGAGCCUUUUGUCACCACCCUGAAAGCACACACCCACCCGAGAGACUCCACACCUAAAAUUCAAAACUGAAGAAGCUGUUUGGAUUAAAGGUGAGAUGCAAUCAACAAACAUGAAUAAUCCAGUUUCCUCGCUUCAACCUUUUUUUUGCCAUGAUGAUUUUGUUCUUUCAAAAAUAAUUAGAGACAUCCUCUGAAAUGUCUUUGUC